CGGCUUUUUCUUGCAUCCUCUUGGGUACUCAUGUAACCAAGGUGCAACUCCGUGGGGCUGUUUUUUUUUCUCCUUAAGUGCAAACAAUGUACAAAGCAAAAAGAGGAUGUAGUGGACGCACGCUGUGGACGCGCUUGGAUUUAACACACGAGCUCCUGUAAAAAAGAUUCCAUCAAACUUAUGGCGUGAAGGGCCUGUUUUUGGCCUUCGUCACUCAGAGCUAAUGGAUGUCUUUACCCAGUAUGCCUACAACGACAGCCUCUAUGACAAUGGAACGGCGAGCUUCAAUGAAACGGAUCAGGAGGGGAGGCACCCGUAUAACUACUACGCUAUGCUCCUCACACUGCUCAUCUUCGUCAUUGUAUUCGGCAAUGUGCUGGUUUGCAUGGCUGUGUCCAGGGAAAAGGCUCUGCAGACCACCACCAACUACCUGAUCGUCAGCCUGGCUGUCGCCGACCUUCUGCUGGCCACGCUCGUUAUGCCCUGGGUCGUGUACAUGGAGGUUGUGGGAGAGUGGCGCUUUAGCAAGAUCCACUGUGACAUCUUUGUCACUCUGGAUGUGAUGAUGUGUACAGCCAGCAUCCUCAAUCUCUGCGCCAUCAGCAUCGACCGCUACACUGCGGUUGCCAUGCCGAUGCUGUACAACACUCGCUACAGCUCCAGGAGAAGGGUCACAGUAAUGAUCUCGGUGGUAUGGGUGCUGUCGUUCGCCAUAUCAUGCCCUGUUUUGUUUGGCCUGAAUAACACAGCUACUCGUGAUGAAUCUCUCUGUGUGAUCGCCAACCCGGCCUUUGUGGUGUACUCCUCCAUCGUGUCCUUCUAUGUCCCCUUCAUCGUCACACUGCUGGUUUAUGUGCAAAUUUAUGUGGUGCUGAGGAAGCGAAGGAAACGUGUCAACACCAAACCAAAGCAGCGCGUCUUUCAGGCUGCCGACCCCGAUGUGACCAAUUCCCUGAAGGAUAAGUGCACUCAUCCUGAAGAUGUGCAACUUUGCACCAUGAAUAUUAAGUCUAAUGGGGUUUUUCCUGGCAAGAAGAAGAAAGUGAUUUUCAUCAAAGAUGGAGCCAUUGAGGGGGAAGAUAUGGAGCUGGAUGAGCUGAACAGUGGCAGCAGCCAGAAACACAAGCCGCAGCCUCACUGUGCUCUCGGAGAUACGCCAGCCACCAGCCACCCACCACUGAUGCCCAACAAAUCCAACGCGAGCCCCACCUCCACGCCCCCGACGCCUCCUGACGACGCAAGAUCAGAAAGAAAUGGAGACCCCGCCAAAGAAGUGGUGAGGGAUCCAGCGCCUGUUGUAGCCAAAGCCUUCCAGACGCAGGCCUUACCUAAUGGUAAAACCCAGACCUCCGUGAGGGGUAUGAGCAAGAGGAAGAUUUCCCAGCAGAAGGAGAAGAAGGCGACUCAGAUGUUAGCCAUCGUCCUUGGUGUGUUCAUCAUAUGCUGGCUGCCGUUUUUCAUUACGCAUAUCUUGAACACCCACUGCACAAAAUGCAAAGUCCCUGCUGAGAUGUAUAAUGCUUUCACAUGGCUGGGAUACGUGAAUAGCGCUGUAAAUCCCAUCAUAUACACCACCUUUAACAUCGAGUUCAGAAAAGCAUUCAUUAAGAUCCUGCACUGUUGAAGUGUAGAAUCUGAUCAGACUGAUGAAGAGAGUGAUCUUUUCUGGCAAAUACCUCAUCCUGUUUGGGAAAACGCAACAAGGAGAAACAAAUUUUUGCAAGCUGAAAGAACUGGGCGGCUGCAAAACAGACAGAAAGGCAUGUUGGCUCAUAUGUGAAUUAUUUGUGGAGUCGUGUUCUCCAAAUCAUUGAAUGUAAAACAACAAUUGUCUAUAGCGACAACAUGUUUAAUGGUGAAAAAGAAAAAUGUGACAUUGUUCUCUACAAAUCAUUGUGUUUGUAAUGUAAGGAUCCAUCUAUGUACAUGAUGCACAUACAAAUUGCAAACUUGCUAUUUUUUUGUGUGUGCGCAUUUUAUCUUUGGACAAUAUACAUUUCCUGCAGCUCUUCUAGAUAUCAGUGUUCAUUGCAGAAUUAAAACAGACACACAAGAGCUCCUAACUAGAGCCCGAUUGAUAUAUCAGUUGGCCGAUAAUACCGGCCCAUAUGAGCCUUUCAUGAACAUAUCAGUAUCAGCCUUAUUUUUGCCAAAAAUAAACUUUUAUUUUACUGAAUAAAUGCA